AGUUCAGUUGCAGUUCAGUUUCUCCGAGAAGAUGAAACGCGAAUAAUCGAAAGAUAGGUAUUUUGCAGUACUGUCCAAAUAAUGGAUUUAUGAAAAAGUAGAUGAACUGCCAAUAUCGGUCUUCCGAAGGAAAAGGGACGCUGAAAAUGAACGGGUUGCGUUCAUUCGCCCUCAUCACACUCGCAUCAUGCGUCUGGAUAAUUCCUAGUUUGGCCGCACCGGAAUUGAAAUUGGUACACGUUUUGUUCGCACACAAGUUAUAUGCACCGGAAGAGAAUGAUGCAGAUUAUGCAAAGCAGAACGAGACCAGCAUACCGCAAACUUUAUCGUAUGAAUAUUUUACCUCCGCCGCAAUGAGCAUGCCGAAGGAGGCGCACCUCAAUAUGUACAAUCUUGGGGUGCAUUUGCGCGAGAUCUACAAUGAAUUUCUAGGCGACAUGUUUAUGUUAGAUGUUAUGAAGACGCGCACAACGGAAUAUGCCUUAUCAAUAUUAUCGGCUCAGCUUGUUAACGCGGGUUUGUGGCCCCCUUCGGAGGAACAAAUGUGGAUGGAGGAUUUCAACUGGCAGCCGAUACCAACUGACUAUCUGGAAUUGAAAGAGGACACAUUGAUGCUGGGAACUCUAUGCCCAAAUUUUCUUUCACAGAUGGACCAAAUGUUGCAAACAAUUGAGGUGCAAAAGAUAAUAGCACAGCAUCAAUCUUUAUUUGAUUAUCUUUCUCAGUAUACUAAAAGAAACAUUAGCACGCCAUCAGAAGUGGCUCUUUUGUAUGCUACUUUAGAAACAAUGGUUGAUCGAAAUGAAUUAUUACCCAAUUGGGCGAUUGAUAUAUUUCCCGACGGUGCAAUGUACAAUGUGACUUUAUUAGAAUACGAUCUCCUGUCGGCAAACUCUUUACAAAGGCAGCUUAAUGGCGGAACUCUUUUAGGAGAAAUUAUCGGUAAUUCGCUGAAAUAUAAAGCAGGCGAUAUACCGAAAGAACGAAAAAUAUUGCUGUAUAGCGGUGACCAAAGAAACAUCAUCGGAGUUUUGAAGAAUCUCGAUUCCUGGUCGCCUCACAUUCCCAAUGAAGCGGCUGCGUUAAUCUUCGAACUGUACUUCGAUAACGAGACAAAAAUUUAUGGAAUGAAGAUCAAUUAUUACACCGGCGUUGGUGGCAUAACGAUUCCUUUAUUAUUACCAAACUGUACAGAGAUAUGUCCGUUGCAGAGUUUAGUAGAUAUUGCUUUCAUUUCGAUGCCAGAGAACCCGCAGUCUUUAUGUGGAUGGCCCAUCAAACAUUCCAUAGAAAUAGAAGAUCAAUUUAAUUCUACACAUUCCAAUAUAUCCGCUUCGUAUCAUACUAAGAAUCUAAUAGUUAGUCUAAUAUUAUUAUUUUUUAAUAUUUUACUAUAGAAAUAUAGUAAUGCAAUAAUAAGGAUAGCAAAAUAAAAGUUUUAUUGCCUUUGAAUAUUGAGAAUAA